CCGCGGCCCGUCCCCGUGCAGCCCUGCCUCAGCCGCCCGCCGCCCGCCGCCGGCCGCGCGCUCGCCCCAUGCCGCGCCCGCGACGCCGCUAGCGCCGGCAUGGCCGGCGAGCCGCCCACCCAGCCCCGGCCAGUUCGCCUCGGAGACGGUCACUUCGCAGAAGGCGACUUACUUCCAAGCGACUACAAAUGACUAAAGGACUGAAUGUGCAAGUUUUUUUGGAACUGUGUUUCUGAAUAAUGUGAAAAAUAAGAAAAAAACAUAUAAAAUCCAGUGAAUAGUUAAAGUUUCGUGUGUUCUGCGGUGAAAUGCUUGUCGUGGACUAUAUUUAGGAAGAGCUGGUGAUCUCCAAGUUCAGCUGCACCUGUCGAUGUGCAGUCUGGCCGCGUUGGCGCGCGGCUGCCGGCCCGCCGCCAAGCCGUGCUGUCUCUGCUGGUGCUGCUGCUGCUCCUGCUCCUGGGCUAAGUGGUUGGCGGCGCGCGGCUCGGAGGGCGGGCCCGGCAAGAAGCCGCGCGAGCCUGGCCCCGGGCCCAACGAGCCGCUGCUGGACGGCGAUGCGCCACCAACGUUAGAGGAGAUCCAAAGCUGGGGCCAAUCAUUCGAUCGUCUCAUGCGAAGCGCUGCGGGGCGCAAGGUGUUCCGCGACUUCCUGCGCGGCGAGUACUCGGAGGAAAACAUCAUGUUCUGGCUGGCGUGCGAGGAGCUCAAGCGCGAGACCGACCCCGACGCCGUCGAGGAGAAGGCGCGCUUCAUCUACGAGGACUACAUCUCCAUCCUCUCGCCUAAAGAGGUGUCGCUGGACUCGCGCGUGCGCGAGACGGUGAACCGCAACAUGGUGGAGCCGACGCCGCACACGUUCGACGAGGCGCAGCUGCAGAUCUACACGCUCAUGCACCGCGACUCGUACCCGCGCUUCGUCAACUCGCCGCUGUACAAGGCGCUGGCGCGCAUGUCGGCCGGCUCGCCCAGCGGCGGCCCCGCGCCCCCCGCGCCCGCCGCCCCCCGUCGGGUUCGCGCGGGGUCUUUGGGGACGGGUAGAGGAGGGGAGGGGGAGGAGGGGAGGUGCGAGGACGGGGUUGGGAAAGGACGCGGGACGCCGGAGAGGGCGAGCGGCGAAGGUAGGGACAGCGGGGCGCAGGCGGCGGUGGACCAGCGAAGUUGCCGCGGCGGCGGCCGCGCGCGCCUCACCUUAACUUAA